AUAUUGAAAUGAGUCACGUCUAAUUUUAUCGUAAUGUUUAAACGUGUAUCAUUGGGCAUGCACGACUAGUAUGAAUUUCACAGGUAGAACACAAAAUAAACAAAUGGUUAUAAACGAAAUCGAAAAUGUUUAUUUUUACAUUUAUCAGGCAGAGAUGCUAUUUAUCGAAUGUUAAAUUUCGUUAAGAAAAUAUAAGAACUUUUAUAGAAUACGUUAAGUAACUUUUGAUUAGAUCAGCGUUCGUUCGUAUUUUUUCUGUUUACGCAAAAUCGCUUGGAACGUCGAUAAUAAUAAGACGAGAAGGCGCCAAACCCAGAUUUGUGGGUGCACCACAGUAGUCGUUCGGGCGAAAAGAGGACGAAGACGAAGACCGACAUACGAUACAUAAGUGAGUUUGAAAUUGGUGCUUGUGUAUUUUCAACAAAAAAGGGAUUGCAACUACGCCCAAUUAAAUUACUAAUCAAAGUUUUCUCACUAACAUAUGUCGUACAACAUGUCCCACACAGUAACUGUUACAAGGACAACAACAACGUCAACAUCUGCAGUCAUCCUUAAUACGGGAUACUUUAAAACAUGGCCUGGUAUCUUGAAAUUUUUCGAAUUGAUUCUUGGAAUUGCUGCGGUUGCUAUUGUUGGAUAUUAUUAUAACACUUAUUAUCAGCUAAAAGUACCAGAGACAUUCUUCCUAUUGAUCUUCACAACGUUCAUGAUAGGAACGUUUUUGAUUUUAUUCUCCUGUCUUAUAUCUCUUUCUACCGCAUCUAUACUCUCGAAAACCGUAUAUGAAUCUGUCUACCACGGUUUUGCAUGCCUUUUGUGCUUAAUUGCUGGACUGGUCCUUCUUAUAGAAGUGAAUCAUUAUAAGAGAAGUUACGGGAAUAUGUAUGAGUCAUAUUUUGCAGCAUCAGUCAUUGGUUUAGUGUUGGCAGCUUUAUAUCUCAUUAGCUCUAUUUUUGCUAUAAGAGGCUACCGAGGGCUAUAAAAUCAUUUACUUCUAAAACGAAAAAUAUUCAACUGCCAUAUUAACGGAAAAAUAUUUUUCUAGAUCAUCUACUUUUUUUACGACUUUGUAAUAUUAUACCGCCACAUAAGAAUCUACUACUGUAUUAACACUGUACCUAAUCGUUUAAUGUUGUCCGCCUAAUUGUUUAAUGUUAAAAAUUAAAGACAUAGAUUUUCGUUAU